UCAUCGCUGAGUAAUUCGGUUCGAAAAUCAAAACACACAAAUGCUAAAAUUCGCGCGCACAUGAACGCAAUUAAAUAAUAUUAUAGAUAAGAUACGCUAAAAUAAUCAUUCUAUACCCACACAUCAGUUUAAUUCAGUCGAAUUAAAAUAUACCCAGUGAAUUAUUUUGUUGGUUUUGUUUUCUGUUAAAUUAUUUUUCCGAACACUCGAUUCUUGUUCAGUUUUACUCAGAGGUGAGCAAAGUGUACAAUUCAAAAUGGCAGUAAUUAAGAACGUAUGUUGUUUGUCAUUGAGAACGGGCACUCUGUUUUUACUCUAUGUUCACCUGAUCAGUAAUGUAUGGAGCGUGAUGUCCAAUUUGACUAGUUAUGGCGAUACUACGUUCAACAAAUAUAUAGGUUCAAAUCCUCCGUUGUUUUACACGAAUUUAUUUCUCUCAGUAAUCGGAGGAUUAAUUUUCUUGGCCACAAUCAUAUCCAUUUCUAAUGGAACACCUUCCAAUUCUUUGUUAAGCACGGACAUUGCAUUUUUAGUCUUGGGAGUGGUCUAUGGAGUUUACGAGACGGUGCAGAUUAAUUUGGAUGAUAGUUUUAGGGAAUUGUAUAAUGAGGCAGUGAACGAAGAAGCACAUAAAUUACGUCCAGAAGAUCAAGAGGAAUUUUUAAACUUAAUGAAUUCGAUGUAUGGGUCGGUUUUAGCAUUUGUUUGCUUCAUUGUAUUCAUUGGAAUUGCUUUCACAAUCUACUCGAUUCUGGUUUUCCACAGCUACAACACUGAGGUGAAAAAAAAUAUUGGAAAUGGCAUGUCGUUCAGAAUUAACAAUUCUGGAGUAACUAAUUCAUCUGCAGCUGCACCUCCAGCGUACUCCUCGCAGUACCCCGGCCAAUUUCCCCAGUACUUCGUCGAAGUCGAUAUUAAAAAGUGACUUUCCGCAUUCAUCUUAAAUACAACUACCUAUGAAUGGAAUAUUGAACAGUUAAAAGCGUUUGAUUUUAUAUCAUAUAAUCACCUAAGCUGAUUAGUAAUUACCUUACCUACUUGGCUUGUUGAUUGAUUUUUUUCUUCAUUUUUACGAAACGAAAUAUAUAUUUUUUCAAUUAUA